AUGCCUGGAAUUGCUCGGAAGAUCCUCAUUUAUGCUGCCAUAGAUGGAUUGAUCAUUCAGCCCACGUCGACCAAAGGACAGCGAUCUUGUCCCCCUGUCAAAGUCAAAUAUGAAGACUCUUCCAUAUCGUCACUCCCACGAGAUCAGGUACCCAACCCCUCGGUUCCCGAAUCAUCAUUUGAGGCGUUUGGCAUCAUUGGUUUGAUCACGGUCUCAAGACUCAGCUACCUCGUCACAAUCACUCGUCGCGAACAGGUAGCCCAGAUAUUUGGGUUUCCCAUAUAUGUUGUCGCUGGAGUUGCCAUCACGCCAUGCAGCUCGAAACACGAGGCGAACGAAUCCAUCCGUAGAACAUCCAAACUGCUUCAAGAAAACGCCUCCCCUGUCCUGCACGAUGAACUUGAAAGCAGCGAUGAGGAUCCCGAGGUUUCUCUUGCUCCUCUGGAGGAAGUCGAAGACGUCGUCGCUCAAGGUGACGUUGCUCCAUUAGGCUCACCUCGCAGCAGCGUAGCAGAAGAUGUUAUACGGCGUCGAGGAAGCUACGGUCGCUUUGCCAAACGCUGGUUCAGUAAGAGUGGAUGGACCGUGGAUCAGAGACGAAGCCUGGGCUUGAGUAUUUCUACCGCUCAUUCGCCGGCAGCGCCAGAGACAGAAGUGGUGGAUCUUCAUGCGACCAAGUUACCGCUUGAAAACGAGAUGCGCAAUCAGCGCCGUCCGACCGAGCUCCUACCAAAGUUAUUGCGCACCAUGCAAGUCUUUUUCGGAUCUUCCAAGAGUUUCUAUUUCUCUUACGAUCUUGACAUUACCCGGACUACCUCGCAGAAUGCAUGGAUACCUGACCCAGAUACCCCUCUGCAUGCCCAUGUGGAUGGGCAGUUCUUUUGGAACAGACACAUCCUGGAGGGGUUUUUAUCAAGGGGCCAUGACCACUUGAGCUUGCCGCUGAUGCAGGGCUUUGUUGGUCAGCAAAGCUUCGUCGUUGACAGCGAUCCGCCCCAGGUGGUUGGCGUUGCACCUGGAUCAAUGGAACUUUCGGCCGUGUCUGCCCCUGAGACUUUGCCAGCAUCAUCCCUAAGCGGCCUGAGGGAGCAAAAAGGCCCAAGGCCUUCGGAGAAACGAUAUCUCAUUACACUGCUAUCUCGCAGGUCAAUCCACCGUGCCGGGUUGAGGUACCUGCGCCGAGGGGUGAAUGAAGACGGAUUCACGGCCAACAUGGUAGAGACUGAACAGAUUCUCUCGUCCGCCACCUGGGACUCGGCAUCACCUGUGCACUCUUUUGUUCAAAUUCGCGGAAGUAUUCCGUUGUUUUUCACGCAAUCCGCCUACUCGUUAAAGCCAGUUCCUGUGAUACAGCAUGACGCCGAAUCGAACUACAGGGCCUGUAGAAGGCACUUUGAAAGGCUACUCUCACAGUACAAGUCGCUGCAAAUCAUCAAUCUGAUUGAAAAGCGGGGCGUCGAGGAACCUCUUGGGACGCAGUACGAACAGAGUGUUCGACGUUUCAAUGAAGAGGUGAGCGAAGCAAAUAGAGUUGCCUUUGAAUGGUUCGACUUUCACCAUGCCUGCCGAGGAAUGAAGUUUGAGAACGUAAGCCAGCUUUUGGUCAAGAUGAAAGGUAGGCUGGAGGAACUAGGUAGCACAACCCAAGUGGGCGGCGAGGUCAUUCAGCGACAAUCAGGCGUAUUCAGGACGAACUGUAUGGACUGUCUCGAUCGGACAAAUGUAUGCCAGAGUUCCUUUGCGAAGCACAUGUUGGACCUGCAACUUCAAGAGGAUGGCAUAGACGUCAGUGCACAGACGGACCAGGAGACUAGGUGGUUCAACACGCUGUGGGCGGACAACGGUGAUGCAGUUUCCAAACAAUAUGCCUCGACGGCGGCCAUGAAGGGCGAUUAUACCAGGACGAGAAGGCGAGAUUACCGAGGAGCGCUCAAUGACUUGGGACUGUCGCUAGCGCGAUUCUACAACGGCAUGGUGAACGACUACUUCAGCCAGGCGUCCAUUGACUUCUUGCUCGGCAACGUCAGCGAAAAAGUGUUUGACGAGUUUGAAUGCGACAUGAUGACCAAAGAUCCCGCAGUCUCCAUCGCCAACAUGCGCCAAAGAGCCGUCGAACUCUGCCAGAAGAGAGUCGUGGCCGAUGCGAGGGAGGAAUUCCACGGCGGCUGGGCUCUCGUCAGUCCUAGCGCGCCGGACUUGGUCAAGUCAUGGCCCAUGGAAGAAGUGAUUCUUCUUCUGACGGAUGCUGCUCUUUACCUGUGUCGCUUCAACUGGGACGUGGAUAAAGUGUCUUCCUUUGAACGUGUACAUCUCGCCAACGUGACUCACAUCAAGUUUGGCACCUACAUCACCUCGACCGUAUCCCCAGCCCAUACGGACGAGAUGAGGAACGUGGGGUUCGUCAUCUCAUACCUGACGGGAAAAAGCAACGUCAGGAGAACCAAUACCCGGACAUUGUCCACCGAGGGCGACAUUGCACCAAAUACUACAUCACCGUCCCUGUCAGACGAUGACAAGGCACUGUUGGGAUUUCCCAGUUUCUUCUCGUCAAAGGCAAAGUCUUCGACGACCCGAAGGCUGGCUUUCAAAGCACCAUACCUUGACUCUUCCACAGCGGUAGCAGGAACACUUGGUGGGCAACAGACGGAGCUGCAGCAGGUAGUGGCAAUAUGCGCAGACAUUGAGCGCCUAGCGCUGGGGGCCCGGCUGGGCAGAGAUGGAGACGAGGAGAAGCGGUUGAUGGAGAAAGGAGACAUCAUCUCGUUGCAGGAAGCAAAGAAGAAUACGGGCUUUUUGGAACAGCUGGGCCACUCGAUCAAAAAGCUGGUUUGGGCUUGA